CUUUGCGAUCAAGAGCGACGGCCAAUCUUGUCUCUUUCCGUCUGCAACAUUUCACAGUCACACACACACAGAGAGAAGGAGCAACGAAGUCAAGACACAUCCGAUUUCAGGCGGUGUGAAGCAACAGCUGAGGUUCAACACCCCGUUGCGAUACUGCCCGAGACUUCCACUUUGCCAUUUUGGAAAGAGUGCUCUCUCUAAGGUAGUAUACCUCAUCCAUUCCAUCCGUCACCGACAGGCGACAGCCGUUCCAGAGCUGUCACUUACCUGGUAUUCGGUUACAUACCUACCUCUACGCUACUGUACAAAGAGGGAGCACGGGCACUCGUACCCGACACCUACAGUAGCUUCCUUCAAAGAGCAAGAGAGCAGUCACAUACCUACUAGCUGCCCAGACUGAAAGGAAGAGACAGCAAGGCACCGAAAGCCGGAGAGACUAGAAGUUUGAGACAUUCCACUUGGACAACAGAAGUGGAACAAGUGAACCUGGAAAUAGGUCAGCAGCGGUCAUCAUCAUCACAGUCCAACAACGUGCCCACCUCCACGGCAGGGAAUCAAUCCUUCAACGGUCCCUCUUUCAUCUCAGCUGAGCUCUUCCUGAUCGCCUCCAGUCCUCCUCCCUCCCCGGGGCUCCAUCUCCAAUCCUCCGCCAACAACAUCCAGAUCCCAUCACGUGUCCAUCCAUCCAGAAACAUCAAGAUCGCCAGUUGGGCUGCCCGGCAUCACAUCGCUGCUGUUUGUUGUCUGCGGGACCCUGCCUUCCUUCUGCUCCUCCUCCAGCUUCAUCUAGACCUGCCCAACGGUGGAGCGAGUCUGGAUUCCGCAUUAACGAGAUUGGACCUUUGAGACGGUAGACCGCCCAAACAUCGACCACACCAGGGCAUCCAUCCAUACACCUCACAUCAACCAGCCCGAUCACGCAAGACCACAUACCCUUUCCCGCCCCAGCCUGACCGACGGGAGUACCUACUACUAGUACAUACCUUGGACUGGACAGGACUGGACAGGCAGGACAGUAGUGUACAGGACAGCACUGCGAUACAUACAGCAGCAAUCUGCGUCCCCUGGUCAGCACGCCAUCCAUCGCCCUCUAGCCGACCAAUGCUUGGUGUUGCCUCUUCCGCCAUUCAACAACAGAACCACGCAACCGCAAACGCACUCUAAAUUCCCCCUCAGAACGCACAAUCGCAGCGUCAUUCUGGGCCCGGCGGUCCUCGACUCCCCCUUCUCCCAAUGGAUUCCUACCACCUCGCCCCGUCUCGUCCGACUGCGAGCUUCGGACAUGAUAAUGACGCCCCGCUCCAACAUGGGCCUCUAGUGAACUCCUACUCUCAUCACCAUAACAACCACUCGCGCGACACCGACUCCGAUCCCACCGACCAAAACUGCGACCGCAAACGACCCGAGCAACAGGCAAGGUUGCGCUCCCGCAACAGCGUCACCAACAUGUCGUCCGUCCUCAUGAGCAAGACUGUCACGCCUUUCCUUCGGGAACACAUUCCCAGCAUCUACGCCCCCAUCGGCAAGCCGGGGAACCAAGAGACGGCCAGAGCAGAGAACCCCAAUUCCAAGUACUGCUAUAGACACCACCCCGACUCAAAGUGCCGAAGGGCUGCCGACAAGGCCAAGAUGGUCAUGAUUCAGAGCGAGCUAGACAAGCUCACAUCAGCGGAUCAGCAAGCUGUGACCCACGUGUGGUCCCUGUUCUCGGCCGCCCCUGCCCGACAUCGCGACCUGAUGCUUCAGGGUAUCCUCUCCCAGCUCUGCUUCCCCCAGCUCUCCUUCGUCUCGAGAGAAGUCAACGAAGCCCUCAAGAUCGACUUCAUCUCCGCCCUCCCCGUCGAGCUCGCCCAAAAGGUCUUAUGCUAUCUCGACACCGUCAGCUUGACCAAGGCCGCCCAGGUCAGCCAGAGGUGGCGAACCCUGGCCGACUCGGAUGCCGUCUGGGUCCGCAUGUGCGAGCAACACGUCAACAGGAAGUGCACAAAGUGUGGAUGGGGAUUGCCCUUGCUGGAACGCAAGAAGCUGCGCAACUACACCAGACAAAGACAGCUGGCCAAGGGUGGGCCACAAGGGAGGGUCACAGAACUGGCCGACUCCCACGACAGCCAGGAUCGAUCCGUCAAUCAACAUGGAAAGCGCCCGGCAGCAGAGGCGGAGGAAGAGGACCCCAUCAAGAAGCGCCAGUGUAUGGCUGCAGCAGAAGCCUCCAAGGCGGUAACGCAACCCAAGACCCGAAGCUGGAAGGCCGUCUACCGGGAUCGCUGGCAGGUCAGCUACAACUGGAAAAACAGCCGAUACAAGUUGUCGGUUCUCAAGGGUCAUGAGAAUGGUGUCACAUGUCUCCAGCUCGAUGAUAACAUCCUUGCGACUGGAUCGUACGACACCACUAUCAAGAUCUGGAACAUUGAGACUGAGGAGUGCAUUCGGACCCUUGUCGGCCAUACGGCUGGCAUUCGUGCACUACAGUUUGACGAUUCGAAGCUCAUCAGUGGCAGUCUUGACCACACCAUCAAGGUCUGGAACUGGCAUACCGGCGAGUGCCUCUCCACGUUCGCUGCCCACACCGACUCAGUGAUUAGCGUUCACUUCGAUGGCCACCUACUCGCCAGUGGGUCGAGCGACAAGACGGUCAAGAUUUUCGACUUCAACUCCAAGGAGACAUACUGCCUCAAGGGCCAUAGCGAUUGGGUCAACUCGACCCAUGUUGACAUCAAGAGCCGAACCGUGUUCUCCGCCUCGGAUGACACGACCAUCAAGCUGUGGGAUCUGGACACGCGCCAGGUUAUCCGGACCUACGAAGGACAUGUCGGCCAUGUGCAACAGGUCCUCAUCCUCCCGCCCGAGUAUGAGCCCGACGAGGAGGUGCUCAACGGUGCUUCGCAAGACAACCAAGACGCCAUGUCAGUAUCAUCGGGCGGAAGCGGAAGCCCCUCCAUGUCGCAUGCACAAAUCGAGCGCGCCGGCAGCCCUGGCAGCCAUAGCUCCAGCCACAACCUGCUACCGAGCAGCCUGCCUAGUGGUGACGAGGACGUGCGCCAUCUCUAUGGAUCCGCCUUUGUAGCCGACGAGUCACGGCCACUUCCCCCGCGCUAUUUCAUGACAGGCGGGCUCGACAGCACCAUGCGUCUCUGGGACAGCGCGACCGGUCGGUGUUUGAGGACGCUGUUUGGCCACCUCGAGGGCGUUUGGUCUUUGGCGGGAGAUACGAUCCGUGUGAUCAGUGGAGCCAACGACGGCAUGGUCAAGACGUGGGAGCCGCGCAGCGGAAAGUGCGAUGCGACGUAUACGGGCCACUGCGGACCCGUGACUUGUGUCGGGCUGAGCGAUAGUCUAAUGGCCAGUGGCAGUGAGGAUGGAACGAUUCGGUUACAUUCCUUCAAGCCCUGUCGGCAGUGAGGUGGUGGCUGGGGUUUCCGUCACUUGGGAACGAUGAGAGCAUGUCGGGUUUCAACUACCCAUGUUGACUGCUCUUGCAUCUUCCUCCAAUUUUGGAUAUCCCGGAUACGCCAUCUUCACCUAUCAGCGUCCUCGCAUUUCUUUCCUCUUUUUUUUUUCUUCUUCUUCUUCUACUACUCCACCCUCUAUGCGAUCUCAGACGCAACUUUUCUUUUUGUGUUUUUUUUGCUUUCAACAAAACAUUGCCUCUCCCCAAGAAGGGAACAAAGGAAGGCAGAUUAGUUUUGGGUCAACUUGCAAGCAUAGGUUACAGCGUCAUGUGUUUUACAAGUUAGGCAUCUGAGAUGGGAUCUCAAAAGCAGCCAGGCACUUAUAGUGAGUGAUACAGAAAAGGAAAAGGGGGGGCGUCAUUUUGCAUGGUUUUGGAAGGAUAUAUCCUUGGGGGAUGGUUGGUUGGUUGGAUGGAGUUUUAUGAUUUGGCUUUUGUUUACUUUUUUUGUUCUAGUUCUAUACCCUCUUGCUUCGUUUGGUGGUGUGAUAGUAUGAUUUGAAAUAAUGAAAGAUAAGAUGGUAGUUUGGAAUGGGACGAAUAUAUGGAGUCGUUCAUGUUGAAGUGCUUCGUUGGUGAACCGAAUAUAUGUACAUUCAGUGACGGCGAUGCUUCGGAUCUGUAAUGAGAUUGUCUUUUUGUGUAUGUAGUUCAUGGUCUCACCAUCGGUUCUCGAGAAUGACUGGAUAGGUACCUAGCGAAAAGUUGGAAUCAUGUUCCGUUUCCACAUGGUAUC